AAGGAGAGCGCCGCCCAGCGCCCAGACCAGCAAGUUCCGAUUGUCGGCCUGAGCACCCCGACAGAGACCCUCGCGCGGGCUGGGCAGCCCACUUCACCUGUGCAAGCUCUUUGUGCAGUGGGCGCCCAGCACUCCCAACUACUGGCAAAUCCCCACCCCAGCCCCUAGACGCCCCCGAAUUCCACAGGCUCUUGCAGGUGGUGCAGGCACCCCUGUUCUCCGGCGCCCCCUGCCGGGGCGAGGGAGCGCGGCGGUUGCGAAGGAGCCCGGCGCAGGGUGGGGAGAGCGAGCUCCGGCGCCGCGAAGUAGCCAGGAGCUUCCCCGAUGGUCCCGCCGCCUCCUGGGAGCCGGGGAGGAGCGGCGAGAGGGCGGCUGGGCAGGAGCCUGGGGCCGCUGCUGCUGCUCCUGGCGCUGGGACACGCCUGGAGCUUCCGAGAGGAGCCCGAGGACCGCGACAGAGAAGUCUGCUCGGAAAACAAGAUCGCCACGACCAAGUACCCGUGUCUGAAGCCUUCGGGGGAGCUCACCACGUGUUUCAGAGGUCAGAGCUCUUCCCGUUACUCCACAACCCCUGGCAGCAGUGAACUCGCACAGAGAAAGGUACAGGAACUCGGAGCGGUUUCCAGUUUUGCAAGGAAAAAGUGCUGCAAAGGAUAUAAAUUUGUUCUCGGACAGUGCAUCCCAGAAGAUUAUGAUGUGUGCGCAGGCGCCCCCUGUGAACAACAGUGCACCGAUAACUUCGGCCGCGUGCUGUGCACCUGCUACCCCGGCUACAGAUACGACCGCGAGCGACACCGCAGGCGGGAGAAGCCCUACUGCCUGGACAUCGACGAGUGCGCCACCAGCAAUGAGACGCUGUGCGCACACCUCUGUAUCAACACCGCCGGCAGCUACCGCUGUGAGUGCCGAGAAGGGUACAUCCAGGAGGAUGAUGGCAGGACCUGCACUAAGGGAGACAAGUACCCCAGUGACACUGGGCUGGACGAGAAGGCUGAGGGUGCGGUGAGGACAGGGACCUGCUGUGCCACCUGCAAGGAGUUCCACCAGAUGAAGCAGACAGUGCUGCAGCUGAAGCAGAAGAUCUCCCUGCUCCCCAACAGCGCCACAGACCUAGGCAAGUACAGCCCUAGAGACAAGGUGCUGGCCUCCAACACCUACCUGCCUGGACCUCCUGGCCUGCCGGGGGGGCAGGGCCCACCCGGUUCCCCAGGACCGAAGGGCAGCCCGGGCUUUCCUGGCAUGCCUGGCCCCCCAGGGCAGCCUGGCCCCCGGGGCUCCAUGGGACCCAUGGGACCUUCUCCUGACCUGUCCCACAUCAAGCAAGGCCGGAGGGGUCCUGUGGGCCCACCGGGGGCACCAGGAAAAGAUGGCGCUAAGGGGGAGAGAGGAGCUCCUGGGCCCAGAGGGUCUCCGGGACCCCCUGGUUCUUUCGACUUCCUAUUGCUGAUGCUGGCUGACAUCCGCAAUGACAUCACUGAGCUGCAGGAAAAGGUGUUCGGGCACAGGACUCACUCUCCAGAAGAAGAGUUCCCCUUACCUCAGGAGUUCUCCAGCUACCCAGAAGCCAUGGACUUCGGCUCUGGAGAUGAUUAUCCGAAAAGAACUGAGACCAGAGACUUGGGAGCCCCUAGAGACUUUUAACCUUAGCACACCCCAACAUCUUCACACCCAAGGAAAAGAAGGCUGCACCUGCAGUUAAAUCAGCUGAAAGAGGGCAAGGGGAGCACACUACUGGAAAUCUAGACACACACACACAGUUUUAUCUUCUUUAUGCCUUUUUUGCCUCUGCUUUCUUCUCUUCUUCCAAAUCCUGUUUCCACAAUUCCCUGUUGGAAAUACAGAGAGACUCACAUGAGUAAAUGAUUCAUUUGCAUGCUUCCCACAGAGCCCCAGAGAGCCAGUUGGGAUGAUCUACACUGGAUCUUUAGUUUUGGUUUUUGUUUUUCAAGAUUUUUUGGAUUCUGAACUAGGUGCUCUCACUUUACCAUGGCACAAUGAGAGAGGGAGGAAGGGAGAGAGGGAGAGAGAGGGAGAGAGGGAGAGAGAGAAAUAGCAAAGUGAACUUUGAAAAAAUAUGAGUUGACUUUUGACUUUUAAGGGAAAGUUAUGUGCCCCCAAAUUGACUAUUCUUCAUUGGUGUCAAAAAUCAAGCCUCUUGAUUUAAAUAGUGGAGUGAAUGAUGUGUAUUUACUUUGAUAGAGAUCCUCCUCCUUGUCAGUCUAAAGGGCUUUGGACUUUACUCUUGUGUCCCAGCUUGUUCUCCAAAUUUGGCUUAAAGGAAGGUGAAGCAUGGGUGCAAAAGGAGAUGGAGAAAAGUCACAGUCAUAUGUUUACUGUCACAUGGCUUUAAAAACCCAAUAUGAUCAUUAAUUGUUGACACUAUACUGAUCUGUCAGUAUGCUAGUUGGAGUGCAGUACUCGAACUGUAGGAAUACAUCUUCUUUUUAAGAUAAAGUUAGUGGAUGUCGGAUGGCGCGUCUUGAAUCACCGGAGAGUGAGGGGCUGAUGGUAGACUGGUCGGAUGAGUGACUUGCUCGAUUUCACGUUAUUUGUUCAGUAGAGUGACUCAUCCCUGAGGACAGAUGCAGAAUUCUCUCAUUCAGAUCAAGUACCCAGAAGGUGCUGCUAGACCAUAAUCUAGGUAGAAAGAGUGGACAGUGGAGCUCCAUCCAGGCUACAAGUUUGUUGACAUGGGAUGUUAGCAAGAAGGGAAGGGAACCUUGGACAAGGAGCCCACUGAGUCUCAGCCUGGGGCCAUGGGUGGCUGCCAACAUGAAGAAUAAAGUAGUAGUACAAGCUCUCUUGGGGGCUAGGAAUGCAUAGCUGGCUUUGUGCGGGACCCAGGUUUAAACCCUGGCACCACAUGGAAGUACUGCAACACCAGGAGAAGCUCUUGGCAGCUUUCACAUUUCUUCAACUUCUCUCAUUGGACAUGGAGAAGGAGUGGCUCUGUACCUACAUGUCCAGGCGCCCUUCACCCUACACUGAAUCUCACACAGUCGUUAAUGUGCUUCUCAUGUUUUCCCCACCCUGGGACUUCCCCUAGUAGUUCUGGAAGGUUUGUGUUUAGUUUCCUUUCUCUCAUCUCCUUUUAGCCUCUGUCAUUUCACUGCAUUCCCAGGGAGGCUUACUUGAAGAAAACUGCUAGCUGGUGCUUGCAGGGGACCCUUCUCUUCUUUCUUAAACACAGUUGGAAGAGGCUGUGUGAGCAGACUCCGCUGCAGCCCUACAUCCCCUCACACUCGUCCUGUUAAAGACACUCAGACCCGAAACAUUGUCUACACUUGGCUCUUCUAGAUUUAUUUUCCCUACUCCUGUAUUCCCAACUCUUGCAAAAUCCUGGAACAUUAACGUUGAAAACAAACAUACUCAGAGCGCCUUUUCAUCUUCCCCACACCCUCCAUCCUGCCAGAAUCUGAUUUUCACAGCAGAACCAACCAGCCAGCCAGAAGAGAACAUGAACAGUGAAACAGCAGCUGACCCUCACCUGGAAUUCAUUCCAUGCCGCCUCCCUUGGAGCUCAGCACUUCAAUGCGCGCCUGGGUGAAUGCUGCGGAAAAGUUAUGCCCAGCCCCCGCGUAGACCACUGGGUCAUCUCUGUGGGUUUUCUCUGAAGUAGUGAGUGUUGUCGCCUCCUCCCACCCUGCCCCUUAACAGUACAUUGUGCUCAGAAAUAGCAUCUGUGUUGUCUAAUGCUCAUCAAAUGCAACCAAACUCAUCAAAUGCAAAUGUGUGUGUGUGCCUGGCCAUGGUAGAAUGCCGGUAGGUUUCCAUAUUAAAAAGAAGUAUUAAAAGAAUGCUGGUAGGUUUCCAUAUUAAAAGAACGAAAUGAGGGACCAGGCAGUGGCACACCUGGUAGAGUAACUGUGUCACUGAUACAAUGUCUAAGGACUCAAGUUCAAGCCCCCAUUCCUCACCUACAGUGGGAAGCUUCACAAGUGGUGAAAUGGUGCUUCAGGUCUCUUUCUCCCUCUCUGUCUCUCCCUUUUAUCUCAAUUUCUCUCUUUCUCUGUCCAGUAAGUAAAUAAUUUUAAAAAGGAGGGGGCCAGGUUGUGGUGCACCCAGUUCAGCACACACAUUAUAGUGCUGAAGGAUGCAGGUUCAAACCCUGGUCCCUACCUGCAGAGAGAAAGCUUCUUGAGUAGUUAAGCAGUGCUGCAGGUAUGUCUGUCUCUUUCCCUCUCUACCUGCCCCUCCCUUCUCAAUCUUUCCCUCUAGCUCCAUUAAUAAACAAUAAUAAUAAUAAUAAAGAUAACCAGGUUGAGCACACAAGUUACAGUGCUUAAGGACCCAGGUUCAAGCCCCCUGUCCCCACCUGCAGGGGGAGAAGCUUUUCUAGUGGUGAUGCAGUGCUGCAGGUGUGUCUCUCCCUCUCUACCUCCCCUUCUCUCUCAAUUUCUGGCUGCUUCUAUCCAAUAAAUAAAGAUGCUUUUUUUAAAAAGAGAAUUUUAAAAAUAGUAAUACUAAUAAUAAAGACAGAUAAAGAAGAAUGAAUUGAAGGUUGUCAUCGCUGGGGUGUGUGCCAAGUUAUAUUCCCCAGAAAACACACAGUCACCUGAAUUCUAUAAUCACAGCCUGCUGAGCCAAGACAACUGAUGAAAUUAUCUCUCGGUUUUCAGAAAGCUGGAGUACUACCACAGGACCUCAUAUGUACUCUGUAUAGUGGGGUGACAGUCUGUAAAGACGAAAACAUACUGGAUUCUAGUGUAGCGGGUCUGUAGCUAUCAAACCUUAAUAAAAGAGCCAUCUGCAGGGUAUGGAUUUUGCUACCUUUUUUUUUUGUUUGUUUUUUUCUAAAUCACUCUGUGCCUCCUGGGAGAAAGGAAAGAUCUUUGUAUAGCUCCUGAGCCUCUUAGAAAUGUUGACUUCCCUUUUUUGCACCAGAUAAGCAGGACUUAGUAGACUGCUUCUCUGUCUAAGAAUAGCAACAGUUACAGACAUCUGCUGCUGCUGCUGUCAGUCUAGGCGAGCCCCCAGCCCCGGCUCCAGCGGAAGUGCUUGCAACUCUUAUGUGCCCAAUUGCCCAAGGGUGCCAGCCCCACAGCCACAUAGAUUAAUCACUGUUACCCUGCCAAAUACCAGGGGAACGGUGUCUGGUGCUGGCCAUAUUCUUUCCAGAACUUUCCAGAGCUUAUGGCUACUGUUGGCUUAUAAGCUCUGUUUCCAAGCCAUGGCAGAAAGGUAAGCGCCACAACUUGGAACCAGGUCUCCCCUUAGGCUGAUAGCAAGCCCUCAUCAUACGGUGGGUAUCUAUCACACCCCACCCCUCCCACCCCCCUCUCCUGGCCUGUCAGAGAGGGGACAGGGACGGCAGCCUCCUUGGGCAAACAUUCACAUCUUGAGUUUCUUGAGAAAGAAAUUCACUUACAGGAACCUAGGCCAAGCAAUGAGUCAAGCAGAGCCACUGAAAGUUACUAGUAAGGAAUUCAGGGAAAUAGAUUAUAUAUAUAUAUUUUUUUUUUUCCUGGCACAACCAACAUGUAUAUUUCACAAUAACAAGAAAUAAUUACUAUUUUCCAUUUGGGGGAAGAAAAAAAAGGACCAUGGCUGUAAUUGCUAAAGCAAAAAAUCUUAGACUCCCCAAGCUGUUUGCACAAUUGUCCCUGCGUGAGAGAAAUUAGCAACAAGAUCCUUUGACACAGCAUUUUUUCCUGAGACCCCCCCCCACCCCGCCCAAAGCAAGUACCCUGAGGAAUUUGGUGUGUCAUGAUCGUCUGUAUCUCUCAGUGACCCAGCCAAGCUACAUCUUAUUUAUAACAGCCCCAUGUAAUGGUCGAGCUAGGAUUCAGUUAUGAAUGUGUUACCAUGAAGUGCUUUUCAUGAAAUUGUAUAUGCUUAAUAAACAAAGCUAUUUUUCUUA